CCUUACCAGCUAGUGUUUCCACGACCUGGGGAGCUGACCACAUCACUCUUCCCAGGCAGGAGCUGCUGAUAUGGGGGCCCUUCUCUGGUCACUCCUUCUGCUGCUUCGGGAAGCCAAAGGGUUUUCUGGAGAUGAUGAGGACCCUGAGGAAGUGAUUGCAGUCCUUCAAGAGUCUAUCAUCCUCUCUCUGGAAAUACCAUCCAAUGAAGAGGUUAAGGACAUCAUCUGGUUCUCUCAAAAAAACCUCGCCGUAGUGGCACCAGGGGAAGAGGGACAGCCAGCCAACAUCACUGUGAUGGAUCCUCGCUACCGGGGUCGAGUGGGCAUCCCAGAGUCCAGUUACUCUCUGCAUAUCAGCAAUCUGACCUGGAAGGACUCUGGCCUUUACCAAGCCAAAGUCAACUUGAAGACAUCCCAGCUCUCUGUCACGAAGUCUUACGAUCUCCGUGUCUACCGGCGACUGUCAAGGCCCCACAUCACUGUGAACGUUAAGAUUCCUGAGGAAGGUGCCUGUGACAUAUCCCUGAUGUGCUCUGUAGAGAGAGCAGACGUGGAUGUGACCUACAGCUGGCUUUCAUCUCAGGACAGCACUGACACUCCUCAUGAAGGCUCUGUCAUCAGUACAUCUUGGAGGCCUGGUGACGAAGCCCUUUCCUACACUUGUAGGGUCAGCAACCCCGUCAGCUACUCCAGUUCCCGUCUCAUCCCUGUUGGGUCCUUCUGUGCAGAGCCUGGCUAUUCUGAGAAGUCUUCAGUGGUCUGCCUCCUGGCCAAGGGCUUGCUCCUUCUCUUACUCUUGGUAACUCUGGCUGUGGGACUCUGUGUCUUCCGAGCCCAGAAAAACUAUGAGAUGGCGAGGGUGAGGAAACUCAAGAGAAACCGAAUCAAACUGCGUAAGAAGGGGAAGCCUGGCCCUAGUCCAGUCUGAUCGGCCCCUGGAGAUCCCUCUUCUGAGCUUUGUCUCCUCUUAGCCUCCAGGGAAAUCAUCUGGGGGACAGGUGGGAGGAUCACUGCUGAAUACCUCAAAGGGCCAUAUUCCCUGAGAGACACCAGCUGGCAAUAAAGUCAGUCCCCACCUUCUGGAAGAGCUGUGCUUGAUUGACACUUGUGUUGGUGCUGGGCAGCCCAGGGAAAACCUGUUGCCCACUUUCACUACCUGUCCAGGUAUCUUCACUGAAGCCCACGUCCCUUCUCAGGCUAGCCUUUGGGCGGGAAAAUGAGUCUGAAGACCCCAUUAGAGUGAAGUGUUUGUUUUUACUGCAUGCAUCCCAUUCUUCACCAACCUA